CAACUUGGUUCCGGCGCGGUCUAGUUCUGUUCCCUCGUUGUAUGAUUUUUUUAGUGCUUGGUGCGCCGAGAAUGGUGCGCCGAAUCGGGCCUGGCUAUGCGUGAUCUUGAUCAAUGGCCAAUCAGUUGGUCUUAAUGACACUGAGAAUUCUUCAGCCCCCUCGAAAUACGCGUAUAUUGCAUGGACGGCGAGGGGUCAGUAUUAUUUUUCCGCGAUUUAACUGGGAGCAGGGAUGAGGUUGCACGGGUCGCCGGUGGUGGUACAAGUGAGAGACCGAACAAUUAAUCUGGUGAAACCGGGAUUAGCUGCUUGGUGACAGUGGAGUGGCGCCCGCUAGCGCUUGCCACCAAAUGUGUUAGCGCCCGUGGACACCGGGAAGCGGGAGACAGAGAUCCGCUGGAUUAGGUAAUUUGGGGAAGGACUGCGGAAAAUGUGUUUAUCUGCAGCAAUAAUGGCUUGGAAUUACGGAGAUUAUUAGAUGGGAGAACGAAUAGACAGCACUGUUAACGAGAAGGGAGGCACAGAAGGAUUUCCAAGGUUAAGAGGGAAAAGAUCACGUCAUACCGUGCGGAAGUAGAUCAACUUACGGUUUAGAUCGGGGUUGCUAUUUAAUACACGUCUCCUUCCCUUCCCCUCACUUCCCCCAGUACACAAUCCCACGGCUGACUGCAAAAAUCCGAGCGCAUUGUAUACAAGUGACAUUAUCACUCUCAAUUGAUAUCUAGAUCUCUUCAUUCAACAUCCAAAAUCAAUAUGGCGCCCAAGAUCGCUAUUGUUUUCUACUCCAUGUAUGGACAUAUCCAGCAGCUAGCAGAAGCUGAGAAAAGAGGCAUUGAGGCUGCUGGAGGUACAGCAGAUGUUUACCAAAUCGCCGAAACCCUCACACAGGAUGUCCUCGAUAAAAUGCGGGCUCCGGCGAAAUCGUCCUACCCAAUUGCUGAACCAAGUACCCUUCUGGACUACGAUGCUGUCCUGUUGGGCAUCCCAACCCGUUACGGGAACUUCCCCGCUCAGUGGAAGGCGUUCUGGGAUAAAACCGGCGGUAUCUGGGCUUCUGGCGGCUAUUGGGGCAAAUAUGUUGGCCUGUUCGUCUCGACUGGAACUCCAGGUGGUGGACAGGAGUCUACCAACAUCGCUGCGAUGAGCACGCUGGCCCAUCACGGAUUCAUCUAUGUCCCUCUGGGAUACAAGACUGUGAUGCCCAUCUUGGCGAACCUCAGUGAAGUGAGGGGUGGUAGUGCGUGGGGAGCUGGGACUUUUGCUGGUAUUGAUGGCUCGCGUCAACCAUCUGCUCUUGAGAUUCAACUUGCCGAAGAGCAGGGCACGCAGUUCUACAAGACAGUCUCCAAGGUCAAGUUUGAAUGACUAUCCUCUGUCACCAAUACCUCCGGGAAUGAACCCACGGCCAGCCAACCACAGUCAACAGCCGUACCGAAGCAAAAACCUACUGAAACAGCUAGGCAGGGUGAGAAAUCUGGGCCAUGUGGGCUGCCGAAAUGUGUUGUCAGCUGAAAGGAGCUCAGGCGACGGGAUUUUUUUUUUUCUUUCCAAAGUAGUUUUGAUAUUCUGUUUAAUUCUUGAGGAGCGCCUCUAUGAUAGCACUGACUUAGUUGGCUAUGGGAAAUGAAAGAAAUCAUGAGCAAAACGCUUUAUAUCGUUAUAUGUAAUCCGUAGCCCUGCUGAUUCCACUGAAUGUCAUACAAUCCGCGACCACAGGAGUCGGAAAAAGUCAGA